UUUUGGUGGGGCAAAGGGUGGUGUCAAACUCAACCCCAAGGCGUACACGUCUUCUCAACUCGAAACCAUCACCCGUCGAUACACUAUGGAGCUCUGCCAAAAGAACUUUAUCGGACCUGGUCUGGAUGUACCCGCCCCUGAUGUUGGAACUGGCGCCCGAGAGAUGUCCUGGAUCAUGGACACCUAUCGCCAAUUCAACCCACAGGAUGUGAACGCCGCAGGAUGUGUCACCGGCAAACCUAUCUCACAGGGAGGCGUCCGUGGUCGUAACGAAGCCACGGGCUUGGGAGUUUACUAUGGUGUUCGCGAGUUUCUGCGGUUCCCGGAAGUGCAGAAGAUGACAGGGUUAACGGGUGAGAUCGCUGGCAAGACGGUGAUUGUGCAGGGAUUUGGUAAUGUCGGCUACUGGGCUGCAAAGUUUUUCCACAAGAAUGGUGCUAAGGUUAUCGGCAUUGGGGAACACGACGUCGCGGCUUAUGAUCCCCGGGGCCUUGAUGUCGACGCAAUCUUCAAGCACCGUGCCGAGAAGGGAUCCUUCCGCGGAUUUGGCAAUGCCGAGAUGAUCGAGGAAUCCACCAAGGUGUUGGAACGCGAGUGCGAUAUCUUGAUUCCUGCAGCCCUUGAGCGCCAGAUUGGUCUCAAGAACGUGAAAGGAAUCAAGGCUAAAGUCAUCGGUGAAGCCGCUAACGGCCCCAUUACCCCUGAUGCGCACGACUAUCUCGUCUCCCAGGGUACAGUUGUCAUCCCCGACCUGCUAUUGAACGCUGGAGGUGUCACGGUCUCGUACUUCGAGUGGUUGAAGAACUUGUCGCAUGUUCGUUUCGGCCGCAUGUCUCGUAAAUGGGAGGAAGCAGGCAAGAGCAAGCUGCUAGCGCUUGUGGAGGAGAACGCCGGUCGCAAAUUGACUACAAAAGAACGUCGCGCAGUCAUCCACGGAGCUGAGGAGCACGAGCUCGUCUACUCGGGUCUCGAGGACACUAUGAUCGACGCCUGUGAAGAGACGCGUACCACGGCUGCAGCCAAGGACACCGACUUCCGUACCGCAGCGUUCAUCAACGCUAUCCAGAAGAUCUCAACCGUCACCACCCAGUCUGGACAAAUGUUCCUUUAA